AUGGGCCUUCUGGAGAUUAUCAAGUCGUUCAAGUCGUCGCAAGGCCGCGAGAUUCGGAUCCUGCUCCUGGGGCUGGACAACGCCGGCAAGACGACGAUUCUGAAGCAACUCUCGACGGAAGACAUCUCCAACGUGACGCCGACCAAGGGAUUCAACGUGAAGACGGUGGCGGCCGCCGGCGACGUCCGUCUCAACGUCUGGGACAUUGGCGGGCAGCGGGCGAUACGGCCCUUCUGGAGCAACUACUUCGAGAACACCGACGCCCUGAUCUACGUCAUCGACAGCUCGGACCGCAAACGGUUCGACGAGACCAGCGUCGAGCUGAUGGAGCUCCUCGAGGAGGAGAAGCUCCGACGUGUGCCCGUCCUCGUGUUCGCCAACAAGCAGGACCUCGGCACCGCCGCCAGGUCCGACGAGAUCUCCUCCCGACUUCGACUCACCGAGAUCCGCGACCGCAACUGGCACAUCCAGGCCUGCUCGGCCGUCUCCAACGAGGGCGUCCCCGAGGGAAUCAACUGGGUCGCCGAGACCAUCAAGACCAAGCCCAAGGGAUAG